AAUUAAUUCUGGUGCAAUGGCAUGGUUUGGGAUGCGUUUAGGAUAACGGAAUGUCUCAAACUUGACAGGCAGAUCAUUUCACAUUUGUCCGUCACGGAGGCCAAGAGUGCUGAAUUUAUUAUAGCUGGGUCGUCUCCACAAGUCUAUACACUUUUCCCUAUCCAAAUUUAUACUGCAUCAAGUAACCUGCAUGGGCUACACAGGCUGAUUUUUGGGCCCAAAACAGACAACGUGCAUACCCAAUUCUCCACAACUAUGAAUAACACGACAUCCUGUAAAACUCUGUACCAAGUCAGUGUGACAAAAUUCCACCAAAUUUACUUAAGACAAAGUUAGUGCUUCUAGUGCAAAAACCUCGCCUGCUCUGGUCUCCAAAUUACAUGUUAGCUUACCUUCUGAGUGCUGACUUCAGCACAGACAAGAGAGCUCAUACACGUGUUCCAUCCCUUAGCACUCCAGUUUCCGGCAGAUGCCACUUACUUACAUGUAAAGUGUGCACCUUUUAGCGUUAGGCUUCACGCUAUCAUAUGAUUACUAUGAUAUUGGUGCUAUAAUUAAACUUUUUUUUUUAACUUUAGCUUCUUCUAACAGUCUAUACUUAGGUAGGCCAAACAGUCUCCUCACAUUGCAGCAUUCGGUAACGUCGUUUCUGCAAACUGGUGGGUGCACUUUAGGAGCGUAAACUCGCAUUAAUUUUAACGUCUGCCAAAGCUGAACUGAACUUCAAAGAUAUGUGCCUUGAAGUGAUUAACAGUCUACUGUCAUGUCGGCAGCGAUUGCAACCAUGUUGGGAUCUAUGAAAUCAGUUGGACCAGUUCUUCUCCUGUUGAUGUCUGUUCUCUAUGUGGCCAGUUCUUAUUCAGACUUCGACUUUUCACACAUUGGAUGUAAGGAGUGCAACCUGCAAAAAAAUGAAUUUUUCUCACGGGAUCGGCAGCCAGUCUAUCAGUGCAUGGGCUGCUGCUUCUCCAGGGCUUAUCCGACACCUCUCAGAGAAAAGAAGGUCAUGAUGAACCCAAAGAACAUCACCUCAGAGGCAGCAUGCUGCAUUGCAAACAACAGCCACUGGGUAAGAGUGGAUAACCUCCCGGUGAGAAAUCACACAGAGUGCUCCUGUGGGACCUGCAUAUAUCACAAGAUCUAACCGAUGGGAAUAUUGAAAUGAGUGAGCCAGUGUUCCUCUGCUACAGCGUGACUUGUCCUCAAUGUGCACCAGCUUUACUCUAUUUAGGAAAGAAUGCUCUUUACAAUGCCCCAAGUACCCAAACAACGUGAACCCACAGUUUAUAUUGUCACAUAAUAUUAUUCAUAUUAUUACAUACAACAUUAAUAUUGUAUGUAAUACUGUAUUGAUGAAUAUUGUGUUGUUUAUAAUUUGCAAUGGUUCUGUAUGGCAGAUAAAUAUAAAAAAAUGUGUAAAAAAACAAAAAAAAAACCAAAUCCAGUAGCUUUUUGUGGUUCAAAAUAUGCAAGCUAAAUGUACUGUAACAUUACACUAAUGCAUAUCUUAGAAUUGUUUUACUUUAUCGAAAAGUAAUAACAAUUAACACCCGAUGUUGAAAUAUAUAUAGUAUAUAGGGAGAUAAGACCCCCUCAAUGAAUAAAAUAUCUAUCCUUCCACCGGUUUUUCUUCAUUAGAAAUGAGCAGGAGCCUCUGCCCAGCUGAUUUUGGGAAAGAGAGAAGGGACUGCCUGGACUGGUUGCCAGUCAAUCUCAGGGCAAAUAGAAGAGUGAUUUCCAAUCUUUAUGGAGCGAAGACACAUACUUUACAUUUGGAAAAUCUCAUUGUGACACCAACAAACAAAUAUGUCACAAAAAUGUGAUCCCCAAUAGUUAGUUCCUGCCGUCUAAUAGAAUAGCAUUUAUUUGUUCUGUCCAUCACUAUACCUCACUGACUUAAAUGCAGGAACAAAAAUAGAUUAUUUAUUCACUACAAUUUGCUAAUUUCCUAUGCUACACCUGAAGAUCACUAUUAUGCCAACGCACACUGGUUAGGAAUCACUGACGGACAAAUUACCAUUCACACUGAUGUUGAUGCCUACAGAUGAAAUUUUAAGCUUUCAAUGAACCUAGCAUCCAUGUUUCGAGAGUGUGGGAGGAAGGUGAAGUGCCCAAAAUAAGCACAAGCAAGCACGAGCAGAACAUGAAAAAUGCUCACAGGAAGACCAUCCUGUCCAAACUUUAGAACAGUGAGAGACUCGCAUUUACCACUAGGUCACCAUGAUGAUCUCUAAUCUUUUCUAUAUUGGAAAUAAUGUUUAUCUAGCAAACUCAUUUAACCCCCAUUGUACCUUUCUCAUCCAUUCAUCCAUUUUCUGAGCCGGAGCAGGACAUGUACAGUAUAAACAAACAACCUUUUACACUCACAUUCACACCUACGGGCAAUUUAGAGUCACCAAUUAACUUAGCUUGCCUGUUUUGGAUGUGGGAUGAAACCAGAGUGCCCAGAGUAAACCCAUGCGGGCACAGGGAGAAUAUGGAAACCCCAUACAGACGGGACCGAAAUUCAAACCCUAGUCAUCAGAACUGUGAGGCAGACAAUCUUUUCUGCCCCAUUGUAAUUUAUUUGAAUUAAAAUAGUUAAAAGGCUAAAUUUACAGACUGUUAGCUCCUGACCAGUCCAGGUUCUAAAGCGGCAGCUGGGAUGGACACGAGCUCAUCCGCAACCAUUACAAGCAGUGUAGAAAAUGGAUGGGGCAAGUUAGCAACGAACCAACGCACAGUUCUCAGAAGCAUUGCACAAUGCAAUGCUGA